GAUAUGCUGCGCUUCACCUUAACAAUUUCAAGCCUGUUGGUUAUAUCACAGGUGAGUAAAAGCACAAAAUGGCGCAUCUUGCGAACCUAUUUCCUCUUUACUUUUUUGUCUAUCCAUAACAUUAUUAAAGUGAUACGCUUAGCACCAAAACAACUUUAGCUUUAUGAGGCAGUUUUUGUGUAUAGAUCAUGUGCCUGCAGUCAGAUUACUUUUGUUUCUGUUUAUGCAGCCCUAGCAACAUCUUCCCUGGUUGUGACUGACACAGGAAUCACACACAGGAGGCUCCUGCAGGCUCUAAUAGGCUAUAAACAGAACACACACAUUCUAGAUUAAACAGACUUUCUAGCCAGCACAAGCAGCCUGUUAUACAUACACUGUGGUAACCAUGCAUAAAGAGCAGAAGGACCGCCUGUGGGUGGUCUCUUUUGCUCUCCUUUGUCAAUCAAUUGUUCGGCAUAGAAUCUGUGGCAAAAAAUUGAUUGACAAGUAGAAGAAAUACUUAUUUUUAAAUAGGCAUUUCUCCCAAUCUAUACAUUACCUAAUAAAACUGCUCCCUGUUAUGUGAACAAGCUGCCUAGUUGUUAUUCCUAUUUCCUAUCUGGUAUUUAACCUGUGCUUUGACCUCUUCGCCUAAGAACCUUUGCUGUCCGAACUGAUAAUCUGCUAUGUAUUUGACAACAUGCCUGUCUUGUCCUUGCUGGCACCUUACUUUGGCUUCAUUUUCUUAUAAUCCAUUUUUGCAUUCUGGAUUCCAAACAUUACAAGACUGGCAGUUAGUCACCAUACUACAGCUACUAUCAGUUUCCACACAGUCCAGGUUUACAGUUUUGUUAACUAGGCUGUGUGCAGCUUUUGGCAUAUCCACUUUAACACAAUAACUCUCACUCUCAGAACCUUUUUAGAGCCACAGCGCAAUGUACAGAGCAACAGUUAGGUGUGUUGCUCAAUCUUAAACUACACACCAAUACCUAAAUAUACAUACACAGUGUAAUACAAAGAUAGGACUGUCACAUUAGGAACAAGUACAACUUUUACAAAACAGGAUAUUAAAGAGUUGAAACAAAUAUGUCUGUCUCAGAAAAAUGUCUUUGGUCCCACUUGCAACACCCACGGUAACAUCAAAACAAUCUAUUAUAUAACACAAAAUCAUCUUACAUAUGUGGGUGACAACCACCAGGGUUUGGUUGUUGAUAAGGAACUCAGUUACAUGGGAACAGCACUCUGAGUUGUUAAACUGAAUGAAAAUUGUUUAACACCUCAAGGUGAGAUUGCAUCUAGACACUAAUUCUAAUUUUUACUUUUUCCUCUUCAUAACCUAUACAUAGUCAAAUUUGUAUCUUCUUACUCACUUGGUAAAGCAAUAGAUAUGGAGCAAGGAAUCAGACUAUGAUUUUAGAAAGGCACGCCAUGCAAAGGCAGCCCUUUCAAUAGAUAAACUUUUAGUUUUAACAUCUAUUUUUAGUAUUUUGUGUGUUAGAUAUAAAAGGGCCGGUGCAAUGAUUAUUGGCUGCACAGGCAAAAACAGAUUUUGACGCCCGCCCCAACUGCCUUCCCCACACACUCUGGUUCCCUGGGUACUGAUAGGCAUGCAAUACCACCUCCCCUGCUGCUGGAAACUCCUACAAGAAACAUAGAAACAUAGAAUGUGAUGGCAUAAGAACCAUUCGGCCCAUCUAGUCUGCCCAAUUUUCUAAAUACUUUCAUUAGUCCCUGGUCUUAUCUUAUAGUUAGAAUAGCCUUAUGCUUAUCCCAUGCAUGCUUAAAUUCCUUUACUGUGUUAACCUCUACCACUUCAGCUGGAAGGCUAUUCCAUGCAUCCACUACCCUCUUAGUAAAGUAAUACUUCCUGAUAUUAUUUUUAAACCUUUGUCCCUCUAAUUUAAGACUGUCCUCUUGUUGUGGUAGUUUUUCUUCUUUUAAAUAUAGUCUCCUCAUUUACUGUGUUGAUUCCCUUUAUGUAUUUAUAUGUUUCUAUCAUAUCCCCCCUGUCUCAUUUUUCCUCCAAGCUAUACAUGUUAAGAUCCUUUAACCUUUCCUGGUAAGUUUUAUCCCGCAAUCCAUGAACCAGUUUAGUAGCCCUUCUCUGAACUCUCUCUAAGGUAUCAAUAUCCUUCUGAAGAUACGGUCUCCAGUACUGAGAACAAUACUCCAAGUGAGGUCUCACCAGUAUUCUGUAAAAUGGCAUGAGCACUUCCCUCUUUCUACUGCUAAUACCUCUCGCUAUACAAAAAAAAAAAGUGCGUGUACAGUGAUCAGACUUAAAAAUAGGAUCAUCAAUUGAUCUAUCCAAACAACAGCACUCACAGUAUGAAUGUCUCUUGGCUACUAUUAGAGAUAAAAUAUUAGCGUGAGCUUGUUGUAGGUAGCUUCUAAAUGACAAGUAGUCCGUAAUCAACUAGACGUACUGAGGAGUGUGGGCUGAGCUCUUGACAAAGGCGCAUGCUGGCGCCGAAACGCGCGUUGAGCAUAACGGAUACCAAUAUGUAUUUUAUUUAGGAUCACUAUCUACUUUAUUAAGAAAUUUGGUUUUGGGAUUUAAUUUAUCUUUGAGCUACUAGGGCUUGUCAUUCUUACUUUUAUUUAACCGUCUAGCCGCUCGUUUGGAAACCUGAGGCACCUUACUCAUAGGGAGAUUUUUGUUGCCACCAGUCAGCUAUGGGUAAUAACACUCCCCUGCAUUAUUAGACCUACUCAUUAUGCAGUUUUAAGCUGUCAUAGCCGUACGCUUGGGAAUCUGAGAUAUUUUCAUCCUAGGGUGCUGCGGGAGAUUUUCACUGCCACCGGUCGACCAUUUAUACCUUACAGUUGUUGACCUAGCAUAAUAUUCCCCUGCACUUUUAGACCUACUCAGUAUUCUGUGCUAAGACGUCGCUUGCUGUCAACAAGCCUUUAGUUACUUUUGGAUCUCUUUAUACGGAUGUACUAUGGGGACUCAGUAAGAGCUCUCUAGAUGCUUGGCUUUUGUGGCUUCUGUAUGAGCACUUGAGAUUCUUGAAUUCUGUCCGGCCGGACCAAUAAAUUACCCCGACGUUCCCUCCGUAUACUGUUCAAUCAACCGUGGCAUUGAGGAUUAGAUGGUGUGAACUGGGGUGAUAGGUGGUUUAUCGGCUAACAUUCCGACUAUAUCAUUAAUUCGGCUUACACUGCCGUUUACCUUCUACCUUCCCCCUAGUAUUCCUAUACUCUCAUUGCAUUGGGGAUUAGUUGAAGUAUUUUAAUUGGGGGGACAGUAUUAUUCGCCGACUAGUAUUGAGAUUAUAUCACUAGUUCGGCUUAUACUGCUCCCCAUAUACUCCUAUAAACCUUCUGCAAUACCCCCACCACCCCUGGUAUUAAAUUAAUUUGACUGUACCCAUUACGGACAACUUAAAUUAGUAGCAAUAUAUGUGCAAUUGUAAGCACAUCACUCAAUCAAGGUUCACGCUAAUAGUCUCUAUUCCAGUGGAUACAUUCUUAUUCUUUUCAGCCCACACUCUGUAUAGUUGGCUAAGGAUACUUUGUCCAUUUAUAAACUGUUUGUAACAGCUCCCUGUAGUUAUUCCAACACUAGCUAUGAGGUAUGCAUAUUGUGUGAGCUCAGCCUACACUCCUCAGUAUGUCUAGCUGAUUACGGACUACUUGUCAUUUAGAAGCUACCUACUAGUUCACGCUAAUAUUUUAUCUCUAGUAAUAGCCAAGAGACAUUCAUACUGUGUGAGUGCUGUUGUUUGGAUAGAUCAAUUGAUGAUCCUAUUUUUAAAGGGACACUAUAGUCACCUGAACAACUUUAGCUUAAUGAAGCAGUUUUGGUAUAUAGAACAUGCCCCUGCAGCCUCACUGCUCAAUCCUCUGCCAUUUAGGAGUUUAAUCCCUUUAUUUAUGAACCCUAGUCACACCUCCCUGCAUGUGACUUGCACAGCCUUCCAUAAACACUUCCUGUAAAGAGAGCCCUAUUUAGGCUUUCUUUAUUGCAAGUUCUGUUUAAUUAAGAUUUUCUUAUCCCCUGCUCUAGCAAGAGCCUCCUGUAUGUGAUUAAAGAUCAAUUUAGAGAUUGAGAUACAAUUAUUUAAGGUAAAUUACAUCUGUUUGACAGUGAAACCAGUUUUUUUUUUUUCAUGCAGGCUCUGUCAAUCAUAGCCAGGGGAGGUGUGGCUAGGACUGCAUAAACAGAAACAAAAUGAUUUAACUCCUAAAUGACAGUGAAUUGAGCAGUGAAAUUGCAGGGAGAUGAUCUAUACACUAAAACUGCUUUAUUUAGCUAAAGUAAUUUAGGGGACUAUAGUGUUCCUUUAAAGUCUGGUCACUGUACACAAACUUUUUUCACUCCAUUUAUUUUAGUUCAAUUUCCCUCAAGAGGGAUUAAUAAAGAUUUAUAUGUACUGUAGUUAGUUCUUUUCAUGCUCCAAUACUGGCAGCUUUUUGCAAUACAUCGGUGGAGCAGUUUUAUUUAGGGUAUAGAGUCGGAUUUUGGGUGCACUGCUUUAGUUAACCCAUCUCAGUCUCUUCUUUUGCUAUUGUUAUUUUGGCUCAUGCCCUGAUACCCUUCAACCAAUAACAACUCCAGUGGAUUGACCAAUUUGGUCUUUUCACUGUUGUACUAUUUGUUUCCCACUCCCUCGAGGUCUGAUCACACGUGCUGCAGUAUCACUAUGUAAUGGGAGGGCUUGCAGCCUCCAGGCUUCGAUGGUGUGCCGUACCAAUUCUGCUGUUCAAAACACUGGGAGUGUGAGUUAUGAGGGGCAGCUGCCGUGGACUUACGGUAGCUGCUAAUUGUAUCCUUCAUCAAAGGACUCUAAUAACGGUGUACUGCCAAAAAUAUUUAAGAAAUCCAGGUCUCUGGCCACGUGCUAGAAAUUUUGUUUUUUGCGGCACCUUGCUGUGGCACCCUAAGGUGGCCGCCUGUGCCGCCUUAUGGAUGCACCGGCCCUGGAUAUAAAUUGCCGAGCACUUAUUUAAAUAGCAUAAACCAGUGUUAAACUAUGAAUACACCACAACAUAUAUACAAUAUACUCAUAAGUUAUUUCAUAAAGACAUGAAAAAGAAACUUAUAAAACUUAUACAAAUCAACACAUCCCCCCAGCUUCCUCUCAUAAUAUAAGAGGUAUAAACAUUCCCAUUAGAGGAUUGAAAAACAAAACAGAAAAACUGAAAAUGUAUGCAAUAUAUCAUCAAGCACAGCCCAUAGUUGGUGUUUAAAGCAUAGAUUUUAAAAAAACCUCAACAACUAACUACCAAUUGACAAAGUCUGUCUCUUCGAAUAAAAAUCAUCUAAAUUCCACAGCCUUUAUACAUUUAGAAUGCAGUUUAUUAUAUGUUUUUUUUUUUUUAAAUAAAUAGUUGUAUUUUAUUACCUUCUCGUUCCUGAGUCUGGUACAAUUUUUAGCUUCUAUACAUUCCAUUGGAUUCUUCUGUAGUAGAUUGUUAGAAUGUUACCCUAAUACACACAUUCUGUUUGUACUCAGAGCCUCGUUAAAACGGCUCUCUUUCAUUUAAGUGGGCUAUACCAUAUUUUAUUCUAGCUUGAUGUUUAAAUCUGCUUCAUUCGAAGUAUAACAUUGGUUUGUGCACGUUAAAUGACCUCUUCACAUUGAUCGGACGUUUUCACUUUAUUAUUGUUAGUGUGAUAUCAAAGAGGAAGCUCAAACUGUCAAACCCUCAAACAGUCUUCUUAUCGUAUAAACUAGCAUAAUUAAUAUGUAAUACGUGCAUAACAGCACAUCACUUUCUGGGUUACUCACUAACGUGAAAAUGUAUAGUGAAUUUUAACACAAUUUCAAAUCAAAAAAGCUGAACUAAAAAAAAAAAUGUCGGGGGCGGAGCCAAGCCACUGACCUGAGCGGACGCAUUAGCACUGUCCUCUGGACCAAAACCGCUAAAAAAGGGGAUAAAAAACACUUUUCAAGCCUCCUACCCGAAUCCCCACAGACCCCGACAACUAUGGGCAGGAAAACAAAGAAACUGAGAUCCGACAGACCCAAACCGGGUAUGAAUAUCGGCGAUCUCCUCCGCCAAGCACAUGGUGCGUGUGGGCUCAAGAUGGCCGUGGUCCUGGAUGAUUUUUCAGAAAACUCGGAAGAACUGUCGCUGUAUGAAGAAGAAGAUGGCCACAUGUUGGCACUACAACACUCACCUAAGCAGAGUCGGCUCUAUAAUUAGGCGAUUUAGGCGGCCGCCUAAGGCCUCGCACAGUCAGGGGCCUCGCGGCCGCCUAAAUCGCCUGAGGGCAGACUGACAUGUCGGGUUCUCGGUCUCUGACCGAGGACCCGACACAGGAGGGGGCACGGCGGCUUGCCCUUUGUGCCGCUGGGUGCCAGGCCCCUCCUGUCAGUCCGCCCGGGGAGAGAGCCGGCCUCAGUCUGCAGCUCCGCCGGGUGUGAGCUGCAGACUGAUGUCUCGCAAUCUCCAGCCAAUCAGAGCGUUGCCGCGGGUUACCACGGCAACGCUCUGAAUGGAGAUCGUGAGACAUUCCCCAUGUGGUCUGCAGCUCUGCAUCCGGCGGAGCUGCAGACCGGAAAGCCCACUGGACCACCAGGGACAGAAUAACCCCACUGGACCACCAGGGAAAAAGGUAAAUUUUGACCCCACCUCACCCUGCACCCCACCUGUCACCCCCCUCACCCUGUCACCCCCUCUCACCCUGCACCCCACCUGUCACCCAUCCUCACCCAGCCACCUCACACUGUCAACACCCUGUCACCCCCCCUCACCCUGUUACCCCCCUCACCCUGCCACCUCACCCUGCACCCCACCUGUUACCCCCCUCACCCUGCCACCUCACUCUGCACCCCACCCUGUACCCCACCUCACCCUGUCACCCCCUACCUUGCACCCCACCUGUCACCCCUCACUCUCACACCUCACACUGUCACCCCAUGUCAACACCCUGUCACCCCUCACCCUGCCACCUUACCCUUGCACCCCACAUGCACCUCCUCCCUGCUCACCCCCUCACCUUCACCCCCUGUCACUCACCCUGCACACUCUAUCUGUCACCCCAUACACACCCUGUCACUCCUCACUGACCCCACCUCACACUGUCACACCCUGUCAACACCCUGUCACCCUCACCCUGCCACCUCACAUUGUCACCCCUGUCAACACCCUGUCACCCUCACCUGUCACCCCACCUCAAGCCACCUCACACUGUCACCCUGUCACUACCCUGCCCCCUCACCCCUGUCACCCCACCACACUGUCACCUCACACUGUUACCCCUGUCAACACCCCUGUCACCCCUCACCCUGGUUUUGUCACCCUCUCACCCUGCCACCUCACACUGUCACCCCACCUGUCACCCCUGUCAACACCCUCUGUCACCCCACCCUGUCACCCCUCACCCCUGCCACUUCACACUGUCAACACCCUGUCACCCCCCCUCACCCUGCCACUUCACACUGUCACCCCAUCUGUCACCCCCCUCAACCUGCCACCCCAUCUGUCACCAUCAUCUCACCCUGCCACCCCACCUGUCACUCCCCUGUCUUAUACACACACAAGUCAACUGCUGUUUUUUUCCAAUAAUGGUGUUAGUGGGGGCCUCAUGUAUGAGUUUCGCCUAAGGCCUCGCCAAGUCUAGAGCCACCACUGCACCUAAGCCCAAGACAGUGACUUCUAAACCAGUGACAGCUGAAAUGAUACAGGACAUGCUAAGUGCCCUCCAGAGAACCUUGCAGGCAGAUGUAGCCCAGCUGCACACCGACAUCACAGGCCUGGUGAGCCGCAUUGACACAGUAGAAAUGGCCUUGGUGCAGCACACCCAAACCAUAGCUCAACUACAGUGGGACAUCGAGGCACUCACUAAAAAGCAAGCUGCCUCUGACAUGCACUUCGCCCAGCUAGAAGACACACGACAUCGCAUCAACCUGAAAAUCCGGGGGAUACCGGAGGAGGUACCCGCGGCAGAGCUCCCACAUCUACUUCGGAGACUACUGGCAGACUUACUAGAGCCCAAGACCUCCAGGGCUAUACACAAGGAGAGCGCCUUCCGGGUACCGAAACCGAGAGGAGCGCCCAACACGGCAUCUCGUGACCUAAUUGUGAGGUUUUGCAGCGGAGCUGACAAAGCACUAGUCCAGGCGGCCCUGAAGGGGACUACCACCCUUAAUUUUGAGAACAUGGCUCUAUCCUUUUUUGCUGACCUAUCAGGUGAAACACUGCACUGGCGCAAGACGAUGAAACCCCUCAUGGCCGUGCUGCGCACCCAUGGCGUGGAAUACCGCUGGAGAUCCCCACGCGCACUUCAAGUAAGGCCAGGAAAAGAGACAUAUAGAGCCACAGACAUCUCGGAAGCCCCCACGCUCCUUGUAAAACUUUGGCUACCAGGGGACACCCUCCACCGACCUGGCGACCAACCGACGACAUCGGCGACACACCAAUGGGACAUAGCAAAGAUCAAGCCAUUCACCCCGAUGGGAGCCAAACCGAUAGCAGCUGCCAACAGCGGACAGUAAAAGAUCGGCACCUCUAGCCCUAAAAAUCUGGGACUUACCCAAUCAGUGCCUCACAACUGAUUGGACUCAGACUUGCUCUAGUAGCAUCAGUGCCAAAAAGUAAAUCUCGAUGGAUAAAAUAUGCGUGCUGUUGUGGAACAUUACACAUGCUUGUUAUUUUCUUGCACAGGAAAAAUAAAGAACUAAAAAAAAAAAAAUGUCUAAGUUAAUUAUUCUUUCAAUUUAGCUAUAAAUUUAGUAAAUAACUUUUUUUCUUCUUCUGUAAUUUGAAUCAAAAACUGGAAAAUGUGUUUAAUAUAGAAUUUGCCUUAUUUUAGAAGACUUAGGGACAACAUUACCUGAUGCGCUUAUAGGCAUUAACUCUAUAUUUUCUCGAGUCAAACGCAUUUCUCUUUGUCUCCUCUAUAUUAACACAUACAAAUAUGAAGCUAUAUUUAAAGUAUACAGGUGUUAACAACUGUAUUUUUAUUGAUGCCAACUUUUGUUGGUUCCAUAUCUGCAUUUAUUAUUGAUGUUUGAUUUGGAAAGUAUACCUCCUUAAUUACUUGUGGUAACAACCACACCCAAUAAAUAUCUCACCGUAUUUUUUACCCGCAUUUGUUUUUCACUGUAAAUCUCACCCCAGUUUCCUUUCCCUAUCUUUUCUCUUUCACCUUUUGUGUAAUCUAGCGUGUUCUGAAAUAAAACAUUAAGAGCUUCCUUAUGAGAAAGACCCCCUCCCUCCGAAGCAUUUUUUUGUGGUUUACGGUUUUAACUUACUUUAAACUAUGGUCCUGGAGAGACUACGCCUAGUUGUUAAAAUACCAGAACAAUGCAUACAUGAUUAACGUUCUCAAGAUAAUUUUUUUUUUUUUUAUCAGUAAUCUGAAAAGUUUGUAGCAAAUUAUGGAUUCAAUCCAAUAUUGUUCGUUAAGCUUUAUAAAUUAUUUAAUAUUUUUGGAUAACUUUUUUAAACUAUUAUUUUAAAAUAUAUUAAUAUAUAAAAAUAUAUAUAUAUAUCAUAUAUUAAAAAAUAUAUAUCCUAAAUAAAAAUAAGAAAACAUUUUAAUGUUUUUCAUAAUGUUAAAUAAUUUUAAAGGUUUAUCCAAAAUAUUAUUAAAUCAUUUUAAAAAGCGUAUUAGACAAUACUAAAUCCCAGCCUAUGUAUGUUUCUAAAACAAAAUACACAUUUUUAAAUAAAAAUAGUGUUUUUUCAUUCCCUUUAUAGUAUAUUAAGUAGAAUAUUGCUGUCUAACAGUAUUUAACUAAGCAUACUCACGUGCAUUGAUCACUAGCAUAUAGGCCAUUGCUUUUAUUUCAUAUUAAGUGAUAAGAUAUUAAUAAAUAUUAAGAUAUUAAAGGAGUACUAUAGGGUCAGGAAUACAAAUGUGUUUUCCUGACCCUAGAGUGUUAAAAACACUAUAUAGGUGGCCAGCUCCCUUUGCCCCCUUAAAGAGGAUGAAAACUUACCCUUAUUACUGGCCCUGCCCCCGAUUUGCCUCCUUAACUGAUAUCAUCAGAAUUGCAUUAGGAAAACAUGAGAUUGUCAAUUCUGAUUAUCCCAGCCAAGGAGAUGGGGUGAGGGUGGGCAGAGCCAAACACAGUGAUGACCAAGCAGCAUCUCCUAUUAGAGUUGCAUUUAAUCAAUGCAUCUUCAUAUGAAAAAUUCAGCAUACUAGAGGUGUCAAUAGGCAGCAAUGUAAAAAAGCCUACAGACUAUAUUCACCAGAACAACUACAUUAAGUUGUAGUUGUUUUUGUGACUAUAGUGUCCCUUUAAAGGUACACUAUAGUCACCCAGACCGCUUCAGCUCAUUGAAGUGGACUGGGUGCAUAGUCCCAGGUCCCUUAACCCUGCAAAGGUAAUUAUUGCAGUUUUUAAUGAACUGCAAUACUUACUUUUGAGGGUUUACUCCACCUCUAGUGGCUGUCUACCAGACAGCCACUAGAGGGACUUCAGAGUCAUUAGGCGAGGGACAUCGGCGCUGGAAUGAGGUAACAGAAGGUAAUUUUAACUCCUUCUGCAUCACUGUGGGGGUGGUUGAGGGAGGGGGUGGACCCACCAGUAAUGUCAUGUGUACUUUAAAACUGUGUAUAGUGAGUUUAGUAUAUUUUACUUUGGUUUUACUGGAGAUGUGACUAAGACAGAGGUUACACACUUCUAGUUAUACCAAAUCAUACCAGCAAUGGGUGCUUCUAUGGACUCAAAGUGGUCAGCUGACACUCCUAGGCAAUCACAGAACUCCAGACAAUAUUAUGAUGGUUUAGGCACUCUAGGUAAAUCCAAAGUGAGCAGGUUUAUUGGAGCAGAUGAAAAGCAACGUUUAAGCCCACAAUAGGGCCUUUGUCAAGCUGUGGGACGAAACUCUGCUUUCAUCUGCUCCAAUAAACCUACUCACUUUGGAUUUAUCUUGAGUGCCUGGGCCAUCAUUUAUUUUCUGCAAAUUAUAUUGUGAGGAUUGGCCAACUCUGGGCCGGUUACAACCUGAGAUCCAGGCGAAUGCGGGAUCCUUUAUGGUAAUUAUAUCCCGAGAAUAUUAUGACUUUAACAAAAUGAAGCACUUGCAGUAUCUACAGUGUCAGGAAAAUGCCAAUAGAUAUAGGAUUUAGGAUUCUCGGGCUUUGUACUCACCAUACUGUAAACAUCAACUGCCAUCAAUGUGAGUUUAGCAGAAAAUGAUGUUAGUUGAACUCCACCGCAUCUCAGCUGAUCUGAUCCCUAGAGGCCUAAGGGAGUUAGGAUUAAGAUUACAGAGAGGUGGUUUAGCCUUCAGACUGCUGUGUAUUGCAAAUAUUAUCAUGCCCAGCCGUGAUGAAUCUUAGCAACACAGUAACACCAGCUCUCAAAAUGUAGCAUUUGAGAAAUAUAUAUAUAUAUAUCAAAAAUGAUGGCUGCACUCCUGGCUUCGUUUAAAAUCCAAAUAGUUUAUUGGGUAUACAUUAAAAUCGAGAUCAACGUUUCAACCCCACUCUGGGCUUUCCUUAGGAUCAGAAAAUACAUACAUGUGUAAUGUAACACAUGUAUGUAUUUUCUGAUCCUGAGGAAAGCCCAGAGUGGGGAUGAAACGUUGAUCUAGAUUUUAAUGUAUACCCAAUAAACUAUUUGGAUUUUAAACGAAGCCCAAGUAGUGCAGCCAUCAUUUUGGAUAUUCUAUGUGAAAUUAGCCUGCUGACUUCUGCACCCGGCAUUAUCUAAGAAAGCGUGAGUGCAAGGAAACUUCUGUCAUAUAUAUAUAUAUAUAUAUAUAAAUUAUCUGAUCAUUGGCCUAGUGUGUCUACAGUAAAGAAGACUAAGUUCAUACUUAGCUGAUAAGUUAAUUGUCUCCAGGGUACUUUCAGACAAUGCAUUGCUGCACCUGUCUGAGGUUAUGAGUAGCUUCGAAUCUGCGGUUUCCUCUCCUUUCACUGCAGGUGACUACGGAUGUGGUUAAGGGUGGAAGUCAUAAUAUGCUGCUUUUAAUAUAGUGCACAUGCUACACUCUGAAUGAAGAUGAUUUUGAUCUCCAGUUGCAGAAAUAAAAGAUCCAAGAGUACAUCAAUUCACUUUAAUUAACAUGAUGGCCUUUAUAUGUGUCAAAGCUUCUAUUACACAAUGCUGUACACACGGCAGAGAACGGAACUGUGCAACCAGCCGAGGCAUCCGAUGACACACAUAUGGAAUUUUUAUAUAUUUUUUUAUAAAUAAUUUCUAUUUAAGUCCCUCAAGUUCAGCUGUUUACUUAUCUGUACUGAGUGAAUAUACGCUCAAUCAGCUAUUGUAGGAUGAUGCAUUAUUUCUCUGUUUGUUCAGAGAGUUAUAGAACAUGGAAAACUGAAACGUUCAGUUUUCUCAGCCCCCAUCAUGGAAUGUUCUGCUUACUCCCAUUUAACCAUCCUGCUGGCCAAAUCACAACGGUACCUACUGAUAGACUGCUCUUCAGAGUGCAAUCAGCGUAUACCCACUCCCACAAGCAUUAUUCAGUGUUUUGGUGUUGGAGAAUACUCUGAUAUGGCAUCAUUGCUCAUGUACAUGCAUAUGCACAGAGCCAGAUUAAGGUUGCCCAUUGCCUUAGUCAGGUUGCCAAACAAGAGUCCUCACCUAGACCCUGGGUCUGUUUCUGUGAGUGCUGUGUGUCUGUUUGUGUGAGAGUGUGUGUAGAGACUGAGUGUUGUCUGUGUGGAGGAGGCUAAACAUGUCUGUGUGUCUAGCAUUAUGUACCUGUGUAUGUGCCUGACAGUGUGUGUCCAUUUCUGACUGAGUGUGUCUGUUUGUGUUUUUUCUUUGUUGUGUUUAUUGUCAUGCUUUGUUCCAAGUGUGGGAGGUGACUGUGUAUAAUGAUUGCUACUUUCAGGGAUUUGACUGUGGCAUGGCAGAGGUGAGGGGUAGGUGAGUGUGAUGAGGUGUGGGGUAGGUGAGUGGGAAAAGGUAGGUGAGUGUGACACUCUAUAGGCAUUUAAAUCUUUCAAGAUGAACAGUUAUGAGUUGGGGCUUCUUUAAUAGCUAAAAAUAUAAUUUAACCCAUAUCGUGCAGUAAUUUAAAUCUGGCUUAUGUUUGCAAAAUAUAUUCUAAAAUAAUUUUUUUUUAAAUAGAUUAUUAAAAUGUUUUUUUAUAUUUCUUUUUUUCUCUUUUUUAGCAGUGUGUGGGGGAGUACACAACCCCGGCAGAUGAUGAGGCCGACAAUUUUACCAUUGAUUACUACGGGUUUGAAGAACAGUGUAAAAAAAAGGAAGUUCGUGAAUUCCGCUCCAUAUUUCUUCCUGUCAUGUUCGUUAUGAUCUUCUUGGUGGGACUUGCAGGGAAUGGACUGGUGAUGCUCAGAUACUUCUACUUUAAACGACUCAAGACUGGAACAGACUAUUACAUGAUGAACCUUGCUAUAGCAGACAUGCUAUUCCUCCUAACACUGCCUUUCUGGGCUUUCAGCGUAGCCUCAGAUUGGGCAUUCGGAAACAAGAUGUGCAAAAUCAUCUACUGUCUGUACAAAAUGAGCUUCUUUAGUGGCAUGUUCCUGUUGAUGUGUGUGAGCUUUGAAAGAUACUUUGCCAUUGUUCAUUCACCCUCUGCUCAUCGUCACAGAACCAAGACCGUGUUGAUAAGUAAGCUAUCUUGCGUUGGCAUUUGGGUAGUAGCCUUUAUCCUUUCCAUUCCUGAGUUGAUCUACAGUGGAAUAAAAGCGAGAAAUAAUUUAACAAAGUGUGUAAUAUUAUCCGAAGAAAUCAAUAGCCUUACUAUACAGUUGAAAAUAGCUCAGAUGUUCUUUGGCUUUAUUUUGCCUCUGUUUAUCAUGUCCUUUUGCUACUCUAUGAUAAUCAAUAGGCUGCUCCAGGCUCGUAACUUUGAGAAAUACAAAGCCAUCAAAGUCAUCAUUGCCAUCGUCAUUGUUUUUGUAGUCUUUCAGCUACCUUAUAAUAGCGUAAUAGUUAUAAAAACCAUAAGCAACACCACCGACUGCAAAUUAAGCAAGCAGCUGGAUAUUGCCGAUGACGUUACAUACACCUUGGCCUGCUUCCGCUGCUGUCUGAACCCUUUUCUCUAUGUUAUUAUUGGAAUCAAGUUCAGGAAUGACCUUUGCAAACUCUUCAAGGACAUUGGUUGCAUGAGCCAAGAGAAGCUCAGUGAAUGGUCAACAGCAGUAAAACCAAGCAAGAGAACUUCCUUUGCACUGGAAACAACUGAGACAUCGACUACAUAUUCUCCAUGAAAACAAAACUCAGCAAUAUCAACAUAUUCCUUAUUCCUCACUGCUUUUGUGAUAUGAAUAAUGCUGACAGAGAAAAAUCUAGGCAAAAAUAAACAAUGGAUUUUAUCAAAGCUCUUUUGCUUUUUGGAACGUUUAAAUAAAAUGGAGAGAAUGAUUACAUGUCAUACAUUUCAGGUUUCAACUUUUAAACCAUGCAUAUUGAAGGAAACAUGUUUUGAGAAGUCAAGAAACCCUAUGGUAUUGUCAUCAUUAGUAUUAUAUGAUCGCCAACGCACCUAAGCGUCACGAUUCAAAACAGAAAGCCUGGACUGUAUCUAAUGGACGAAAUGCAAAUUACUUUUACGUUUUCAUUGUGUUCGAGAAGCUCUUAAAACCUUUAAACUCUGAUUGAGUUGUGUCCGGGUCAAGUGAGAAUCCUGCUUAUCCACCAGAGCAUGAACCCAGAUGUUGUGGGGAAUGAAAGAUUUACGAUUUUCAACUAAGAGUGUAAUCUAGUUACAUGUUUUGAAAUAUGAACCAUGCAAGGGAAAUGUACAGAUUUCAAAGUGGUUUGCAAUUCCCCUUUGUAAAGAAACACACUUAUGCAUGACCUGUGUUACUCAGGCAGUGCUCCAGAUUAUUUAAGAGUUACUAGCUAACAAAAAAAAUAUGGCUAUGGGAUAAGGUUCUAUAAAGUAAAAAAUGUUUUAAAAAAGCCCAACUGUGUUAUGUUUUUAUCAAGGUUCAACAUUAUUUCCACUUGCCACCAGAGUAGGGUUACCCUUUAGGCAAACAUAGAUGGCCAUCUAGGGGUUAGACAGGUGCCAUAUAACCACAAAUUUGUUUGUCCCCAUUAACCAUCCCUAUGUGAAGAGUUUAAGAGAGGGAUGCAAACUAAUGACCUGCUUGGGCCCUGUGGGAUCUUAACCCUUGUCUGCUCACGAUUAGCCAUUGACAAGUGAAAGAUUUGCCAUAGUGAGUAUGAAUUCAUCCAUGAUGAGUGUGGCAUAGAUUCUACAGGCGUGCAGUGGUGAUAAACCUUUAAAGCCUGCCUAGUAUUGUAGGACAUGAUAUUUUAGUUUUGACUUCCAAAUAUGCCGUGCCAAUGUUGCCAACGCACAUUUCCAAACAGCUUGCUUUUGGAAUACAGUAUGUGCUAUCUCUGUGUCAUUAUCCAAUUAUGUUCACGAAGUUUUAUGUUCUAUAACUCACCAUAGAUGUGUUUUUUCUAUAGUUGUUAAGGUAGGAUGGAAAUUAAAAGUCCUGUAACGGACCGUUUUGCCCAAAAGAGGUUAAAAACCGUUUAGGCGAUAUUCCCCUUUUUCAGCUGCACCGACAGCUACUGCAAGCACCAAUCUCCUGAACUGCAAACCUACGAAUUCACCAACUCCCGAACUGCAACCAAGGGAAUACUCGAAACUCCCGAACUGGAUACACACGAACAGCUGCUAGCAGACAAACAGGAAAAGCCCCCAAGCGGCUUACACUCCUGGCAAUCAGUCUCUAACAGCAUACAGUAAAUCCUCCCCCAAUAAUGAGACAACACUUCACUUUGAGGGUUAAGCAGGAACUCAUUUACUGGGGCUAACUGCCCGGCUUUUAUGCAGGUCUCCCUGCAUAAAAUGGGAGACUGGGACACAAAGGGUAAAAGGACCAAUCACAGACUUACACAUUUUAACCAUCCCACAAUGCAUCACAAUCCCUCCUCUCUGCCCUGGAGAUAAUUUGGGAAGUAAUUCAAUUAUCUCCAAAGACAGAGGCAAAACUCCAUUAACCACAUGGCAGAAAACAAACAGUAAAAGACAUAAAAUUACCUACAGUUACAUUCAGUACAUAAAACAUAUAUGUUCUACAUAUCCCCAGAUAGCUCAGGUCUGAGCGCACAUUAUUAAGCGAAUGGCGCUCAGACCACACAAAUACAGUUUAAUCGCCAUGGAGCCAAAGUCUUUACACAGUCAGUUUCAUGCGAAUGGGCUCCAUGGGAUUCCUAUCUGGGGCACAACACACUCAAACAAAUCUACCGAACACCCGGCAGAAAAGCACGAACAAGUCUUUUCUGCAGGGAAAAAAUAUGUCUUUUAACAUGGGGCCAUAGUCCAAAGGCAGCAGGCGAGCAACCAGGCUUCUCCAGGGUACAGUGGCGAGGUUGGUUUCGCCACAGGUCCACAACAAUAUUUUUAUUGUUUUGGGAAAAAUGCGACCACAGUUAUGACAGGUCUGAAUGAAGAUACUGAAAAGUCACAAGAAAGAGGAAUCGUAAGGCCAUAAAGUUGUAUGUCUAAAGUUGUUCUUUAAAUUACCUGUACAAAUUGUACCUGUGUAUGCUGGUUCUCUUAUGUCUUUGCACCUUUAUCACUUCUAAACUGUUUGCUAACAUUUUUUUGUAUGUUGUAUUCAUUUUUGUUUUGUUUUGUUUUUUAUAUACAUUUACUGUAAGCUAUUUUCAGAUUAAAUUAGUUAUUUC